AUGGGCACGUACCCCACUGAGAAGGUUUUCUUUCAAUUCCCAGCAGGUCUUAGGGUCCUUGCAGUUGAUCAUGACACCACUAUUCUUGAUGUCAUUAAGAAAAUGUGUUUUCGAUGCCACUACCGCGCUGUCACAUACUCCGAUGCCUCACUUGCUUUGAAUUAUGUUCGGGAGAAGAAAGAUUGCAUUGAUGUGAUACUCAUUGAAGUUCACAUGCCAUAUGGGGAUAGCUAUGAAUUCCUUCAGCAUGUGACUGUGGAAACUAAUAUUCCAGUUAUCAUGAUGUCUCUCGAUGAUGCUAAGAGUACUGUGAUGAAGGCUAUUAUAGAUGGAGCUUGUGAUUAUAGGAUUAAGCCUUUGCAUGAGAACCAAUUCAAGAUUAUGUGGAAGCAUGUUGCUAGGAAACUCUGGAGUAAAAAUCAGCUACCAAAAAAAGAAGAUUCUGAAUAUGUUGCUUCUUAUGUUCUUGAUUCAACAGUUAUGGACCCAGAAAAGAUUGGUUCAAAUUUCAAAGAUUCUGACUCUUAUGAACCGGGUGAUUCUUUUGCACCCCCAGCAAAGAAACCACGUGUUAGAAAUAUAGACAUCAUAGAAUCCAAGGGAAGGGCAGGUGCAUAUGGAGUGACACUGAAACAGAACGAGAAGGCAUUGCAAAACUACAUAGAAUCCAAGGGAAGGGAAGGUGCAUAUGGAAGGUUUGAUUCAAUAGCUUUUGGUGAUACCAGCCAUGUUCUCUAUGCAGCCCUUCAUCCCGAGGGGCUGACAAGUAACGUGACGCCAAGAGAAGAAGACGAAUCAUUCCCAAGCAUAACAAAAUGUAGCAACAAUGUUAAAUCAGAAUUUUUGAUACUGUGA